AUGGGCGAAUUCAGCGACCAAGUUCUGUCGCUCUUUGCGCGAGCUGCGUCUGAGCAGGGAGGUGUGAUUUCAGGAGACAACCCGACCCACUACAACAGGGACAAUCCGAUUCGCCUAUGGAUCAUCCAAGUCUUCAUCAUCAUCACCUUCACCCAGAUUUUGUCGCUGGGUCUCUCCCGUAUGCGCCAGCCACGAGUGAUAGCAGAGGUCAUUGGUGGUGUCCUUCUAGGCCCAACCGUCAUGGGUCGUAUCCCGCACUUCAGGGAGACCAUCUUCCCGACAGACAGCAUCCCCAUCCUCACGAUCACCAGUAACAUCGGCCUCGUCCUCUUUCUCUUCCUCGUUGGCCUCGAAAUCGAUACCCGCCUGCUGAAGCGGAACAUACUUGCCUCGGCAGGCGUUUCCAUAGCAGGUCUCCUUUUCCCCCUGGGUCUCGGUGCAGCACUAGGUGUCGCGGUUUAUAGGGAGUUCAUCGACGACACCGUCAACUUCGGCCACUUCCUCCUCUUUGUCGCCGUUGCCGUCGGUAUCACCGCCUUCCCCGUCCUCUGCCGGAUCUUGACCGAGCUCAAGCUGCUCGACACUGAAGUCGGCCUCGUCGUGCUCUCAGCCGGUAUCGGGAAUGAUGUUAUUGGAUGGGUUUUGUUGGCCCUGACCGUUGCCCUCGUCAAUGCCUCGUCUGGGCUCACGGCGCUGUGGGUCCUCUUGGCGAGCGCCGGAUACACGAUCGUGCUCCUCUACCCUGGGCGCUGGGGCUACCGCUGGUUGGCCAGGCGCACGGGCAGUUUGGAGCAGGGCUUCCCUACGCCAUUCUUGAUGACGGUCACCAUCCUCGUCGUAUUGGCCUCGGCCUUCUUCACUGACAUUAUUGGAGUUCAUGCCAUUUUUGGCGGAUUUUUGGCUGGAUUGAUCAUCCCCCAUGAUAACGGCUUCGCUAUCUCAGUGGUCGAAAAAUUGGAAGAUCUCAUCAACAUCCUGUUCUUGCCAAUCUACUUCACGCUCUCCGGACUUAGAACCAACUUGGGUUUACUCAACACGGGUACUGACUGGGGUUACAUUGUCCUUAUCUGUACUGUUGCCUUUUCCUCGAAAUUCCUUGCUUGUGGAGCAGCAGCAUUCUUCGGUGGUUUCAACUGGAGAGAGUCUGGUGCCAUCGGAUCUCUCAUGUCCUGCAAGGGACUUGUCGAACUCAUCGUGCUUAACAUCGGCCUUCAAGCCAGGAUCCUCAAUGAGCGCACAUUCUCGAUGUUCGUUGUCCACGCUCUCGUCCUUACGUUCAUAACGACCCCUCUCGUCAUUGCGUUCUAUCCUCCCAAGUACCGUAUCCAUCACAGAGAUGAAAAACCUGCUGGAGACGAAGCCGCUUUGCCCACAAGGGCACCCUCGAACGACGAGCACAAGACCAGGUUCUCGCUUGUCUUGGACAAGAUUGAAGCUCUUCCGGCUGCUAUGACCCUGUCGCAGCUCUUGCACUAUCCCUCAGCUGUCCUCCCUUCUUCGCACGCUUCGCAGCUGUCUACCAUCAACGAAAAGGCAUUGGAAGCUGGCUUGGAUGAUGUGAAGGACCAUGGAGAGGCGCCGCCACGAUCUGCCAUUACGAUUGAAGCUCUUCGUCUCAUGGAGCUCACUGCCCGGACAUCAGCCGUCCUCAGGUCCCAAGAAGCCGACUCGCUCAUUUACAAUGACCCUGUCGUCUCGGUGUACAAGACCUUCGGCCAACUUAACCACUUCAAUGUAUCCGCGAAGCUCUCCGUCGUCAACUACGAGGAGUUCCCCGAGGCUGUCGCCAAGCAUGUUUCGGACACCGGAUCUGAGAUGGUCAUCAUCCCUUGGCCACGGGGCAUUACUUCCGUGCUCGAGGAGGAGGCAGAGGGGCAGCACGUCGGCACGCGCAACCCCUUCGACGGCAUCUUCCAUAAGACGACGACGGAGGACCAGACGAGCUCCGUCGUGUACUCGGAGUUCAUCCGCAACGUCUUUUCGCAGUCGCCCUCCGACAUUGCACUCUUUGUCGAUCGUGGGCUGACGACUGCACCGACGGGCAACACGAAGCAGCACUUCUUCCUGCCGUUCUUCGGAGGCCCGGAUGAUCGUUUGGCGCUGACGUUCUUGGUGCAGCUGUGCGAGAACUAUGCUGUGAGCGCGACUGUUGUCAGGAUGGCGACGAUGGAUAGUGACGAUGUCGCGAGGACGACCGACGAUGCCAAGUUAUCUGGUGCCCUUUCGCCCACGUUCCAUAAUACCGUCGCUGCUGCUGACACCGUCUAUGGCCAACACACUACGCAAACCCGCCUCGAAUCCGACACGGCUGACAACCUUGUCUGGGGCAAGUACACCACCCCAAGCACCGUGCACCCCUCCAACGUCGCCUCUGCCCUUACCCGCAUCUCAUUCAUCAACGAGUCCGCCACCAAGCCCCUGCACCGUGUCGCCGAGCUCGCGAAGCAAGAAGCCGCCAUCAGCAUUGCGCGUUCGGGCAAGACGCUCAUCGUCCUCGCUGGCAGGUCGCGUCGUUUGGCCGUCGAGAACCUCCGCGGCGAGCUCAGGUCACUCAUCUCAGAGACCGGGUCGUCCAUCAGCUCCUCGGUGCCGAAGACGCUUGGUGACGUUGGUGCAGGUCUCGUCGCGGCUGGCGUCAACGCGAGCUUGCUCGUCCUCCAGGCUGCUCCUUCUGCUUCGUCGUAG